AUAUGUAUGAGAUAAUAGAUAUGAUAGCAAAACUAUCAGCAUAGGAGGAGGAGGGAGGAGAAGGAAAUGUCGAGGAUGGUGAUGGGCUUGGGCAACCCAGUGUCUUCCAUCCAUUCUUCUUACUGUGUUUUAAUCCCAAGAAAUCCGAACAAAGCUCUUCACACCCAACAUCCAGUCUUCAAAAUCAAUCACGCCCAUCUUUCUCAUUUCCACUAUAAAACUUCUGCUACUAGUUUUACGUCUUGUCGUCUACAUGCUCGACGAAAGGAAAGCAUUGCUCCUCCAGCUGUCGUGAGCGAUCUCGAUGAUGAAUAUGAUGGUUUUGACGAUGAUGAGCUUGAUUAUGACGAUAAAGAUGAAGAUGAAGAAGAGUUUAUGCCAUUUGGGAAGAUGAAGAAGUGGCUUGAGACAAGACCACGUGGGUUUGGCGGGAGCAAAGUUUAUGAUACUCGUGUUGAAGACAAGCUGCUUGAAGAAAUUGAGCAGAGCAGACUUGCUCAGGCUGCUAAUAUUAAUAACCUCAAAUAUCCUAAUCCUGCUGCACCCAACAAGACUCACCAUCAAGCUAAGAAUGCACCCGAUGUUAUUCCAACUGGCAUUCGUGUGCAUGUCAUCAACCUUCCGAAGAAGAAGAACAUCCACAGAGAUUUGAAAACAGCUUUUAAGGAUGUUCAAGGUAUUAUUAAUAUAAUCCCAGCUGUUUCUGGAAACAAGAAGACAAAAGAUCCUAUUUGCAAGGGCUUUGCUUUUGUUGAUUUCAAGUCGGAGGAGGAUGCUGCUAGGUUUGUGCAACAAUUUUCUAAGCAAAGUAUAGCAUUUGGCAAGAUUCAGAAGCAGAUAAAAUGUGAGAUGAAAAAAUCAAGCUCUUUAUCGUCUUCUGAUGAUGAGUCAGCUGGCAGCUUCGCCUCUGACAUAUCUAAAUCUGAUGGCAUGGAUGAUUCUUUUGAUGAUCCCCUAUUGAUGAAUUCUGUCACAGAAGGAGAGAGAAAUGCUGAUUUCAAAAUGGAUGAUUCUUUCCUUGAAGAAACAGUCUCUGACAUAUUUGAAUCUGAUGACCUGGAUGAGGAGCUAGAAGAUAUAACAGAGAACGUGGAAUCUGUAAGCAAAUCAGACUUGAGCAGUUAUGAUAGUUCAGAACCAAGGAUGGAAGCAGCUACUGAUUCACUUUCCCCAAAGAAACAACAUAAAAAACGGGCUUCUAAGAAAAAGAUAAUAGCAAAGGGAGGGGCAAAGAAGGUUCCGAAGUUGGCCAUCCCAGGGUCUGCAAAGAGGUUGAGGAUAAAGGAGAAGGCAGUGCUAACAGAUGUGUUCACUAAAUAUGGAUUGAAAACUACUGCGGCUUCAGCGAAAGAGAGUUGAGCUAUGGUAUUUCCAUUAUUCAAACUGCAAUGCGGAGUUCGGUAGCUUCAUUAGCAGUCUGUUGUAAUUUGUGUUCUUCUGACGCCUUUCUAGUUCAUCUGGAACACUAAAUCUUCGAAAUCAGUCAACUUUUCUGGUCGUAUUAUCCCAGCCUUUUCAUGGCUUCACGCAUUACAUUUUUGGGUUGGAAAGAACUAGGUUAGAAAGAAUUAAGAGUUUUUAGUGUAACUUUCAAAACUUGUCUCUGUAAUAUGAAGUGUUACUAGUGGCUCUAUGGCAUUCACCGUUUCAAAUAUAUUGUAAGAUUUUCUUUGCUC